CUCAUAGCAGCCGGGGAAACCUUGGAGCAGGAUCCAUCCUUGGACAGCGGUGAAUGGACAAUGAAAGUAUCUCAUCUCUGUGAUCAGGGUUGUAUGGCGUUAGAUCUGGAUCCGGGUCUGGCUUUCUCUUGCCCACCGUUCUCACCCGCGCUGAUCCUGCGAGGUCUUGGUGUACCGCCAGUGCCGUGUGGAAUGCAGACUUUCACCGGGAUGUGUUCUGGAGGACGUACGCAUUGCGGAGCGCUGCUUUAUCAAUGGGCAAUUCUUGUUCCAGCAGGCCUCGCCUGCUCACGUCCAGACGGUGCAGAACAUGUCCGAGCGAAUCAGUGAGGCUGUGGGGUCUCAUCCACCGCCGUAUCACCUGGAGCCGUCCUGUAACUACCUGUACGCCGCUCGGCACAGCUCCGGCACCUGGUAUCGUGCCUGUAUCGAGCAGCCACACAAGGGCACAGAAAUUCCCAAAUCGAUCAAUGUCUUUCUAGUGGAUACGCUGUCGUGGUUGCAAUGCCGACCCACGGAUAUACGCAUCCUACCACCACAACUAGCCAAUGAACCGUUCAUGAACACGUACCGUGGGAGCUUGGACCUGCCUGGCGGCAUGGAGAGUCGGGAGUUCCGCUGGGAGUUCUCUGAUCUGGUCUGCAAUGCCAAGUUCCUACUUACUGUGCAGUCGGUGGUUGAGUCUGAGCUGUUCCCAUGCAGUUACAUACAUACGGUGAAUCUACAGGCAGUUAACAACGCCGGUGCUGUUGUUAGCGCGAAGGACCUUAUUCAGUCCAGGCUGGAGGAUGCCGGUGUACUGCGUCGCAGUGUACCAUCGACACCCAUGAAUGCAGCAGUGCCGGCGUUUGUUCCCUCCAGGCCCAUGCCUCAGCAACCAGCCACAGCCAAUGUUGUGCACCAAUCCGCCGGCCCUACCAUCUCUGCCAUCCAUGGUACUCAGCAUGUGGCAGUGCAGCCUAGGCCUGCGACGACGGUCCAGCCUCAACCUGUAGCAGUCCAGCCUCAACCUGUAGCAGUCCAGCCGCAGCCUGUAGCAGUCCAGCCGCAGCCUCUCCCGCACGCUCUACCUGCAGUGAUCAGUGCAGCUUCGCAGGAUGCUGUCCGACCAGCCACUGAGCCCAGUGUUGCUGAUCUUGCUCCCGUUCUCGGCAGUGCGGUAGCGUUGACCGCUGCCAGCAACACUGCCAGUCCACCGACUGUUGUAGGAGCUAGCACUGGCACAAGUCCUGCUGCUUCACCCACGCCAGAACGUGCUAUUGAAGAGCAGCAGCAACAGGCGCAAGAUGCGGAGCAACAGCAGCAGCAAGAUGUUGUUGAACCUGCCGUCGCUGAUGUACCGGCCAUCCACGCUACUAGUAUUGGUUACAUUGUCAGUCCACUAUGUGUAGCCGAGACAGCACCUGCACAACACCCGCCAACACAGGAGCAGCAGGAGAUUCAUGAAGAGCAGCAGCAGCAGCAGGUAGCACAGCCAGAAACACAGGAGCAGCCUGCUGCGCUGCCUGUACAAAGCAGUGGCACUUCACCGGCCGGUGGCUCACGCAUCGCAUCGGCACAUCACUCGCGCAGUAACAGCACGUCGGACACCGUUGCCGUAGCUACAAACUGCCCACCCGCUAACGCUGAUACCGACAGCGGUGCUCUUCUGAUUCGAGAGCCAUCUCCCGAGACCGUUGAUGCUGAGGCUGCGUGCGUCGAGGGCGGCUCUGCCAUCGCUGACCUAUCUGUGCCUGAUGCUAAUAGCAGCGAUGAGAACAACUCCGUGAAUCGUGCCAGCCACGACAGCGGCCAUCCUUACUCCGGAGUUUCCGGCGACUCUAGUCCUGUGCCGUCCUUUGCUGCACAGGACCAGGCUCUUGUUGGUGACGCAGGCAAAGUCGAGGAACCAAGCGGAUUCGAUGAAGCCGACCUUGUUCACGAGAUUCUGCAGGAAGGUGCCAGUCUGAACGUCACAAUCGAACACGGUGUCGAUGAGCGUGGCUAUUUCUGGCCACAGUUGACCGAGCUGGAAGAGAGUGACGACUUUGUCACCAUGAUGGAAGACCUAAAUGCUGCAGACGUGACUGCGACGCCGAUCGCUCAGGACAGUGCAGUCGAAGGCAACUACUGCUUGGCUCGCUACUCAGUGGACGACCGUUGGUACCGUGGCCUGAUUGAAGCGGUUUUUCAGGAAGAACAGGAGGUUCUCCUUCGUUUUCUGGACUAUGGCAAUAGCGAGCGUGUUCACAUCAGUCGCUUGAUGGAAAUCCCUGAGCGCGCGUACACGAUUCCUCUUUUUUCCUUUGAAUGCUCGCUCAGUGGUGUGGAUGCUGAGACCUUGACCGAAAAGCAAAUGAAUGCUUUCAUGGAUGCAGUUGCUGAUGUGGAGGUGUCCGUGAAGGUGGUGUCCAUUGCAGACUACCAUUACUAUGUUGAUGUGAUCAAGACGGUGGUUGGUGAGGACGGGUCCGAGACCCAGGUGGACGUCGGCCAGCUCGUCCGCUCGGCAAAACGCGCCAGUACUGGAAGCUUCACGACUGUUUUGGGUCUGGAAUUGAGUAGCAAAGACUGGUCAGAGACCACAUGCACACCGCCAUCGUCUGCUGACAUUACCAACCGCUCUCCCAUGUCACUGCCAUCGGUCGACAUAGCCGGGCCACAGCAGGAUCAGCAGCACCACCACCACCAGCAGCAGCAACAGGCGGCGCAAGUGAUGCCAGUCACUGUGCCGGUGUCCGUAUCAUCAGAGCCGCCAUCGGGCAAGGUUUCCCCGUGCACCACGGCCACAAGCGGUGAGACAACAGCCACCAGUGGCACACCGGAUGCUCGAUCCGAGUGUGAACCCCCUGCCGAUGGCAACAGUGUCGGAGCAAGACCUCGCUCAGCUCCCGGCCAGCCGGCGUUUGGACGGUUGGCCGCGGGUGCGCUGACGAUGGCUGGCGCUCCCCCGCGUACCAUUCUCCAGCGCAACAAGCCGGCUGACAACACCAGUGCUGCACCGUCACAGGGUGGCGGUGGUGGUCCUGAAACUGGCAACGGCAGCGGCUUUGCACCACCCCUACCCAACUCUAUGUCCGGAGGCGGCGGCGGUGGUUCACACUGGCAGCACGGCGGCCCCGGCCAUCAAGGUCGCCAAGGCGAUUACGGCCGCGGAGACCGUUACCGUGGUAAUGAUGGCGGCGGCGGUGGACACUAUGGCCGCAGCUGCAGUGAUCGUCCUCGCCAUGACUACCCCGGUGACGGCAACGCAAACAAUGGCGGCAACGGCUCCACCUCCGGCCGGAGGAAAGGUGGAGGAAAGAAGAAGAACCGGCGUGCACGAAGUAGCGAGCGAAGUGGUGGUAGUGCUGGUAGCGGAGGUAAUUACUCUCAAGCUGCUUCUCAAGGCUCUGCUCCUCGGUCAGGUGGUGGUGGCAGUCAGCCUCCAGCAGCGUCGUGAACACAGGCCGAUUUCAUUGUGUCCGUUUGAGUGUUGUGUGCUUUCCUAACUUACUUGAGCAAAUACGUUUGUGAAGUGCCACCUGUUCCCUGGAACUCCCCGGGCACAGCUGUUGCCGAGUUAUUUUGUGUUGUGUUCCCUCCUUUCGAGAAACCCGGUCGCCUAUCUGUGGCUGGUGCCUGGUUUUGGAGAAUGUGGGUGCAUCGUUCACAUCUUUAAUCUACGCGAUCCGACCACCGCUCCACGUCAUUACUCUGUCGCCGGAGGAAGAAGCUGGAAUGUGUGUCUGGUCCGUCUGUUCCCCAGCUUGGCCUUCCUAUAUGUGUGUGCAUGUGUGUUUUUAAUAGCUCUAUACCUUAUACCACAGCCCAAGAGACCUGCCUUGUUGCGCUCUGAUUUUCCCCCGAGUUCCUGGGUGCUUCAAUCAUUGUUCUUUCAUUUUAUCAGCCGUGUGUAGACGAUUCUUUUGUCGGCGGCCGGGCAGUGUCCGCACGAGGUUUUUCUUCUCUUUGUCCGGGUGCUCUUCUUUCACCCGUGUUUGUUGCGUCGUAUGCUGCUGUUGGUGUUUGGGGUGACCGCGCGUGCUAUUUUUGUCCGCCGGUGCAACUCA